UUCUCUCUCAGGGGUUGAGUGACCUUUGCUUUCUCCUCCUUUUUUCGAUCUUUAGCAGAAUCGAAUCAAAGCAACUUAUUUCAACUCAUGACAACUCACAAUCAAAAAUUUCUACAGAGUGUUGCACCCCCUCCUACUAUUCUUCACCUAGCUUCAUUAUUGCAAUCAAGAUGGAUUUCAUGCAGCGCACAGCGGAACUCAACCACCAAGGGGUCAAUUACCUUUCAGCAGCCCAUCAAGCGCCGGUUACGCACUCCGAAGCACUGAGUUGCUUCAAAUCGGCUCUGUCCAUAUUAUCGGCUGCCUGCGAUGACGGCUCAGCCAGCACUGGAACGCGGAACGGAGCGCAACCUCUGCGAAUCAACAUUUACAAAUCGAAUCCUGUUGUGCUGAGCCCUUCCAACACCCACCGCCAUGCCUUCUACAUGACCUGUGGAGAGGCCGCCCAGUCCUACGAAGCCUGCUCUGCGGAAAGCGCCGUCUUGUUGUUUAAUCUUGCUCUUGGUCUGCAUCAGAAGGGAUCCUGGCUCAGAGACGAAAUGUGCCUCCACAGAGCUUCUCUGCUCUACGAACACAGCCUCGAGCUCUUGUCCGCGGUCGGCAAUUGCUUUGCCCACGCGGAAGAAGUCACGGUGGAGGCACUCAAGAACCUUGCCGAUAUCUAUUCCAAGAUUGGCAACGAAAGCGGUUUGCGAUGCGUUCUAGACGCCCUAGUUCUACUCAAUGUUCGACGAGUUAUUCACCAGCAAGACCUUGUCUCUCCUCCCGGCAACGAAUGGCCCGCUGCGGCAGCAUAGGCAGCCAGCCUUCGUCUGAUCAAUCCAACCGUCCUCCAACAUACAUAGAUCCCUUCAAACCAUCCAACACGACACUAUGAUACGCUUUUGAUGAUUCUUACUUUCUCUUUCCAGCUACGUCUGUCUGUUGUGGAUUGGCAGACGCUCCAGCAUCCCACCUCCAAGAUAACACUACUUCUAUUCAAAUUUUUCUAAUGAUAUAAACCAAUUGUAUUGAAUGCC